CAUAAGAUCCUAUGCUGAACCUCUCACUUAUGACAGUCUCACUCCACACACACUGCUAUCUGCUGUGUCCUCUGUGAGACAGUUCUGGAUGAGAGAUGAUGAUGAUGAUGAGGAGGGGCUGCUGUGGUGGCUUGGUGUCCCCUACUCAGUGAUGGAUGAUAUCUGGGCCAGUCCAUCACACUCAACUGAAGAGGAGAAAAGGAUUGCAGGUCUACAGUACUACCUCCAGACAGUACCUGGUGCAUCAUGGGAGGUGAUAGCUGGAGAAUUAUGGUACCUGGAGGAGCACACAGUCCUGGAGGAAGUCAGACAACAUCUACCGUCAACAUAU